GUACACUGUAAUCAUGUUUUCCAAAUUGGCUCAUCCCCAAUCACUUGCUGUUCUCCGCCGGGGUGUUCAUGCUUCUGUGACUUCAGCCACAUCAGUUGCAACAAAGAAAACAAUCCAAGGAUGUUCGUCACCCGAAUAUAUAUAUGAGCGAGAGGCCAAGUAUGGUGCGCAUAAUUACCACCCUCUUCCAGUUGCACUCGAAAAAGGAAAAGGUGUCUAUGUGUGGGACGUCGAAGGCAAAAGGUACUUUGACUUUUUAAGUGCUUACAGUGCUGUCAAUCAAGGGCAUUGUCAUCCAAAGAUUAUAGCUGCCCUGAAGUCCCAGAGUGAAAAACUUACCCUUACCUCAAGAGCAUUUUACAACGAUGUGCUUGGUGAAUAUGAAGAGUACAUCACUAAAAUGUUCAAAUACAACAAAGUGCUUCCAAUGAACACAGGUGUGGAGGCUGGAGAAACAGCAUGUAAGCUGGCUCGUAAAUGGGCUUAUACAGUGAAGGGAAUUCCAAAAUACAAAGCAAAGAUCCUUUUUGCAGCUGGCAACUUCUGGGGAAGAACGCUCUCUGCUAUCUCAAGUUCUACAGAUCCUUCAAGCUAUGAUGGGUUUGGACCAUUUAUGCCAGGUUUUGAAGUUAUUCCGUACAAUGACUUGCCAGCUCUUGAGCGUGCACUUCAGGAUCCAAAUGUAGCAGCUUUCAUGGUGGAACCCAUUCAGGGUGAAGCUGGUGUGAUUGUUCCUGAUAAAGGUUAUUUAACAGGCGUGCGAGAACUUUGCACAAAGCACAAUGUUCUUUUUAUUGCGGAUGAAAUUCAGACUGGUUUAGCUAGGACUGGAAAAAUGCUGGCUGUUGAUCAUGAAAACGUUAGACCAGAUCUCAUCUUACUUGGCAAAGCCCUGUCUGGAGGUGUCUAUCCUGUGUCUGCAGUGUUAUGCGACGAUGAAAUUAUGCUUAGCAUAAAACCUGGUGAACAUGGCUCUACAUAUGGAGGAAACCCAUUGGCCUGUCGAGUGGCCAUGGCCUCACUUGAGGUGAUUGAAGAAGAAGAGCUGGUGAAAAAUGCAGAAACCAUGGGCAAUUUAUUAAGGAAUGAGCUUAUGAAGACACCAUCAGAUAUUGUGACUAAUGUCAGAGGGAAAGGAUUACUAAAUGCUAUUGUUAUUCGCGAAACUAAAGACUAUGAUGCCUGGAAGGUGUGUCUGCGACUCCGUGACAAUGGACUCCUGGCCAAGCCGACUCAUGGCGAUAUCAUCCGCUUGGCUCCGCCUCUUGUGAUCAAGGAGGACGAGAUCAGAGAAUGCAUUGAAAUUAUCCACAAGACGAUGUUGUCGUUCUGAAUGUGCUCUGUUCAAAACGUGCUGCAAGAGGAUUCCUAGCCCAACUCAGAAGAACCAUGUUCUGGAGCCCUCUCUUUCCCAAGUCUGAUAUUUUUCCUCUUGUGGGAUGAAAAAACUCAAGUCUUCAGAUAUCAAAUAACCUCAACUUUUUUUAUCGAUUGAAAACAAAGCAAAUAAUUGAAUUGGAUUGUCUGUAUUGUCAUUUUGGAAAAUUGGCUAAGUCCUCGAAUGAAUUAUGGAUAUGAACUCUUUAUGGACGGCUCCUUACAUUUCAUCCAAAGUAUAAAUUAUAUAUAUCUCUAAUGUACCAAAUAUUAUCAUCUUGAAGCUAUUAAAAUUAUCUUUGGAA